AUGUCAUACAAACUCUUCCUUGCCUUGAUUCUAGUAUUUCUUGCCCUCUUUCACACAUCUGAUGCUCAGUGGGGAUACGGUGGUAUGGGCUACGGUAUGGGAUACGGUAUGGGAAUGCCAUACGGUAUGUACCGACCAUGGCGCCGACCAUUUGGCAUGUACGGCAUGUAUCCAGGAAUGGGAAUGGGCAUGAUGGGAAUGGGCUAUCCGAUGAUGUAUGGAAAAUAA